GGGCUACUACGAGUUGAAGGAAAGACGCAUGCGUACUGACUCGAGGCAGCCGGUCGGAGGAAAAAAAGCCUUAUGUUCCAUCGGAUGUAAUCAAGGCAAAGAUUUACCUUUUGUCGCUGUGCAUACAUGCUGAAAUUCCCAUGGGAUCAGAGCGGAUGGAGAUGCGAAAGAGGCAGAUGUCGGUGCAGCAGGAGUCGGCAACGGGGGGAACUGCACCAGCCCAGCAGGACCAGCUGGGCCAGGCCAACCCACGAACCUCCAACGCAUGUUGCUUCUGCUGGUGCUGCUGCUGUAGCUGCUCUUGGAAUGAAGACCGGGAUGAUAAGAAUCGAAAAGCAUCAUAUGACAUCAAGGAAGGGACCUCAGACUGUGAAGAAUGCCCUAAGCCCACGCUGGAGGACGUGUGCUCAUGGGGGCAGUCGUUUGAUAAGCUAAUGAGUUGUCCAGGCGGGAGGAACUCUUUCCGACAGUUUCUUUGCACCGAGUUCAGCGAGGAGAACAUGCUCUUCUGGCUGGCAUGCCAGGAGUUUUGCAACGAGACCAACAAAAGUGUGAUAGAAGAGAAGGCCCGGGUCAUCUACGAGGACUACAUCUCCAUCCUCUCACCUAAAGAGGUGAGCCUCGACUCCCGUGUGCGUGAGGCGAUUAACCGGAACAUGCUGGAGCCCACCUCGCACACGUUUGACGAUGCCCAGUUGCAAAUCUACACACUAAUGCAAAGAGACUCGUAUCCCCGCUACUUGAACUCCCCAGCCUAUAAAAACCUGCUCAACACUCUGUCAGAGCAGUCCCCUGAAUCUUAGGGUGGUGAUGACCUGUGAUCUUUUAACUCUCUCUCUCCCUCAAUCCACGCCUCCUCCUUUGUCAAGAAGAAAAGCUUCUUUAGAUGCUCAGUGUAGGAUUACAUGAGCCAGGUCCCAGACCUGGCCCCUCCCAGGGAUCUCAGCACUAUUGCGAUCUGCACCUGACCGAAGACACUCAGGUCUUAAAAUCUCCCGAGGGCUCGACAUCACAAGUACUGCUACAGAUCAACAUAGCAAAACACUCCAAAGGAAUAUGAAUACACUUUAAUUCUGGUUUCUUUCUUUUGAUAGAAAUAAUCUAUUUUAUUUGUGUUCAGAGUUUUUUAUGGUCUGUUGUUUUUUUGUAUUAUUGAUUGGGAAGAGGGAAAUGAUUACUACUGUAGACUAAAUACAUUAUAAAUAACUAUAUAUAUUAUAGUGGGGCAAAGAUUAUCUGUCAGCCACUGACUGGACAAGUUGUCCCAGUUAAAAAGACAAGAGUUCUGUAACUUUCAUCAUACUUACACUUCAACUGUGGGAGACAGAAUGUAUAAAAGUUCUAGUAAUUACAUUGUAUGAUUUUAGUAACGAAAGAUCACCUCAAUACUUUGGUUGGCAAUGACAAAGUCAAACCUUUCUUGUAUGUCUUCACAGACUUCUCCCUCCAAAGUUCUGCUAUUGGAUUGAGGUUUGGAGACUGACUAAGCCUCUACAGAACCUUGGAAUGCUUUUUGUGCAGCCACCCCUUCGUUGCCUGGGUGAUUUGUUUGGUAUCAUUGUCGUGCAGGAAGAUCAAAUCAGGUUUCAUCGCUGAUGGAAGGAGAUUUUUUUCCACAAAAUCGGACGAUACACGAUGGCUAAAGUCAUCCUUUCCUCAACACGGGUCAUCCUAUCCCCUUUGCAGAAAAGCAGCCCCAAAUCAUAUAGUUCCACCCUCAUGCUUCACACUGGGUGUUCUUGGGAUGCAACUCCACAUUCUUCCCCCUCCAAUUAUGGCGAAAGGGGUUUGUAUUCUAGAGUUUUACUUUGGUCUCAUCUGACCUCAUGACAUUCUCCCAAUGCUCAUCUGAAUCAUCCAUGUGGUCUCUGACAAAUUUCAGUUGGGCCCAGACAUCUGCUGGUUUAAGCAGGGGGACCCUUCAAGUGCUGCAGGAUUUUAAUCCAUGACAACAUAGUGUGUUACUAAUAGUAGCCUUUGUUAUUGUGGUCCUAGUGAUGUUACGCUUGAGCGGGUGGAUUGAUUCUUUUAUAGCUUUAUUAAAGCGGAAGUGUCGCUGUAGACAUCUUGAUGGCUUGCUUUUCGAGAGUAAGAUCACUAACUUUCCAAAGCUUCCUGACAUCAGGCAUGUAUUACGGGUACUUUGCGCCAAUCUUGAUUUCAGGGCGGGGUCGUUAGAAAUAUUGUCGCGACCAGGAACGUUUUUCUGCAGAAGCUUUACCAUAGACGUUGUCUACAUGGCUUUUGAGGCAAUAGUCACAAUAUGCUUCACAAAAACAAAUAAAAGCAGAACAAGUGAAAAUAUAAUUCAUGUCAAUGAGCUUUACAGUUGCUUGGUGAGUGUAAGGAUCUGCAAAUCCAAAGCAAAAUGUCCCCCUGGUCUUUGGGAAUAUUUGCUUCAUAUGGGUUCAGCGGUUUGGAAAGCUUUGGUUUCUCCAUGACUUUGUGGUUCCAUCCCUCUUCAGGUUAUUUACCCCCCCCCCCCCCCCCCCCCCACUGGGCUGGAUACUCACUGUUAUCAAGGUCAUAUGUACUCCACAAGGUGAGAUCUUGCAUGGAGCCCCAGGUCGAGGGGGAUUGUCAGUGAUUUUGCAUUCAUUCCAUCUUCAAAUAACUGCUCCAGAUGUUGAUCUCUUCUCACUUCACUGGUUCCCUUUUGUAAUAGCUCCUCUUAGUCUUGUACAGGUGUACAAUCUUGUCCCUAGUGUCCUUAGACGGCUCUCUGGUCUUGGCCAUGAUGGAAGUUGGAGUCUGACUGUUUGAAGGUGUGGUCAGGUGUCUUUUACACAGGUGACAAGUUCAAACGGACUCCAUUAAUACAGGUAACAAGUGGAGGAUACGACUUCUUAAAAUUCAUACAAUGUGACUUCCUAAACUUUGAACAUUCUGUCUCUUACAGUUGAAUGAAAAUUACAGACAUCUCCCGUCUUUUUAAAUGGGACAACUUGCACAAUCAGCGGUUGCCAAAUGCUCUGUUGCCCCACUGUAUGUGUUUGUAAAUAGUUUAAAUGACAUUGUGGGUAUUUUACGUGGAAACGCCUGGAUCUAUUUACUGCGUAUGAAAAUCAAAGCUCGAGUCAAAGCUACGAGUUAGCUCUACUUGCAGGAAGCUUUGUGGGGUACUGUUUAAUCUUACCUUGGUUUUUACAUCGUUUGAUUUAUUUUUUGUUACCCAACUUCACACUUCAGCACCUGUGGCAGCGACUUGGCAACUCCAAUUCCCGUACCUGCGUGUGAUUGUAAUUACUACAAGUGUGGAGAAGCUAGAAUGGCUCUUAUCACAGGAUGCAACUUGCUUCCAUGAGAAAUCAGCGAUAGAGGAGAGUUUUGACUUUUAUGACUCAGUGUUAAUCACAGACGAUUGCAUGUUUAGGACAAAAUUAGCUUUUUCAUGCCUCAAAGGUUUACUGCUACCAGAGAAAGUAUUUUUAUUUUGUAUUAUUUGUUUAAAUACAGCAAAAAUACAUAUAUAAGAAUUAUAUCCAGAUGUAUUGAUGGAGUAAACAAUAUUACACUGUCACGAAAUGUAUGAAAUAUUAUUACAAAUAUUUUAUCUUAAACUUUAUUUCAUAUGUCUGCAAUUUUCCUGUAAGGUUUCUCUUCUUUGGGUGCUAAAAAUGGCAAAAAAAUGAGAACCACAGGCAAAUACUAUAUUGAUUUUAAUUCUUAUUAUCUUCAUAUAUCUAUAGACUUUCAAAUGCAGUUGAACAUUAUUAUAUGAUUGAUGAUGUUGUCAUACUAAGUGGAUUUAGAGUGAGUGGAUACCACUUUUUUCAUUAUCCUGCCACAAACAAGUGUUCUUCACAAGCUGUCAUGCUUUUGUUGUCAUUCUCCAUUUGCACUUAAAUGUCUUUUUAGUUCCGUCAAUCUGACGGAGUUUUAGCUUUUGGGAAGCAAUUAACAGAUUAAACAAAAAAGCAGCAAUUAAACCCUCAAGUUUAGCAAUAAUUACUACAAAGUUUGAAAGAACGUAGUAAGAAAUUACAGACCUGUUAAAUAAAGCAAAACAUUAGACAUUUAUAAUAAAACAAUACAUGAAUGGGAGUUAUUUUGGUCAGGACAGGUUAGCGGGAACACCAAAGCUACCAUAUAAACUGUGUUUUUGUGUCUGAUGAAAGCGUUUCCAUGAAGUAAAAUUGGAGUUGCCAUGCGUUAAAUACUUGUAGUAUAUAGUUUUAUUUGAAUUACUAUGUUGCCUCACAAACGUGUCACUCAAAGACAAGAUCCUCACAUGGGGAAGUGCCUUGACAUUCAGUUUUCUGACAUCUUUCUCAUGGGCAGCGGUUGUUACUGGAAAAUCGUCUCUGUCAUUGGCCAAAUUAACACUCAAGUUUCGUCCUGAUGCUUUAGUCUUGAGUACACCAGUGCUCUGUAAGUGGUAACAGCACGCCUUUUUGAUUUAAUAUUUGUUUGAGAACAGAGAUCUGUGAACAGGGCUUGUUGAUCGGACUUUUGCCAACGUGUGCGCUCUUCACGGUGGCAUUCAGUUAACUUCGUAUGUGCAAUCUGAGAUGACGGCUUUGCCGAGCCUCACAACAACAAUCUAAGCCGAUGGUUUGGAGUGAUGCCUAGAAAUGUUGUUUCUUCUUUUGUUUACUAUUCAAAACGUGUCGUUUUGCUCUGAGUUUACUCAAGAAUACAUUUUUCAAAAGACAAAUAAUGUGAAUGUUUACAGUAUAUGGUUUAGGUUUUUUUUUCUGCUACUCUCCCAAGAAAAUAAAGACUUGUGGGCAUUUUAAUUAAGAUAAAAUAAAGCACAAUAAUUUUACU